UUCCCUGUGCAUUCGCAUUAUGUGGAGAGUCUGCCUAGUUGGCUUUUGUGCCUUUUAUGACCAACAACACGCCUAUACAGUGUCGCGCAUAUACGUUGGUAUCUAUUAAUCUUAAGUGGUGAAAAGAAUUUGACAGGUUUGCAUACAAAUUCUAGCCUAAAUGUUAUCUGGGUAAAGCAACAAACUGUAGUGAAAAAGCUUGAAACAAGAACGAAAAUGAGAUUCAAUAGUAAAUGAAUUAGUUGGCGAAACAAGAAUAACUAACGCCUAAGUGUAGUUUAUUUCGUUCUCUCGUACCUGCAGUAACUAUCAGUGUUGAGAAUAAUAUUGUAAUUUAAGCACCGAACAAGAUUUGCUGCAAUAAUUCUACCGGAGUGCAAUCUAACAGAAGAAAAAGGCAAGAAGAAGCAGAUGUAGGGAAAGAAAUCCAAAAAUUACAAGAAAAGAAAAGCAAAUUUUGACCCUCAGUUGAACAAACAGCUUUAGGAAUAGAAAUUGCUAUAGGCAAAGCCUUUUCUUGAGCCGUACUAUCUUAGCCAAGGGAAGGAAGCAGAGCCUCCAAGGAAAAGUUUCGCUAAACUUCUCUUUGUUGCUUGCGAUCGGAGGGUAAUUCGAUGUCUUCGGCCGAAGCAGAAGACACGGACGAUGAGCUCGAUCCGUAUCUACAGUUGGAGGAAGACCUGCGGAACAUAAAAUCCGUGAUCCAUGUUACUCGAGAAAACAUCGACGCCUUAAAUGCAAAAUUUGCCGACUUCCAGCAGCCGCCGGCGCUGUACCUGGAGGAGUAUCAAGAACUCACUUCGAAGCUGCACGAUUUAGAAAUCAAGGAACAGGAUCUGAUAGAGAAAAAGAUACAGUUGCAAAAUGAGCAGUUAAGCGAACCGAGUGAACCUCCCGACCUAGAAGAGCGAGUAGAGACCGAAAGCAUGUGCGGGACACUGAGCCGACAGUCUAAGAUGUUGCUUCGAGCCUUCUUACCGAAUCAGCAGCGCACGUCCGUGCAGGUUAUACCGGGGAUGCGAUUAAAGGACGCUUUAGCGAAGGCAUUAAAGCGUCGAAAUCUAACUUGCGAAUUCUGCGAGGUAACGGCCGGCAACAAUGACUAUCCGAUUCCGUGGGAAACCGACGUAAGCGCGCUAAACUGCGAUGAGGUGUUUGUUCGCAUUCUGGAUAUCGGUUUCCCAACGUACAUUUCGCAUCAGUUUAUUCGGAAAACAUUUUUCUCACUGGCAUUUUGUGAGUGCUGCCGCCGGCUGCUGUUCACCGGUUUCUACUGCAACCAGUGUAACUAUAGAUUCCACCAGCGAUGCGUCGAUAAAGUGCCACCGAUAUGCAGCAAACGACACAUGGACAGCACAUUUUAUCAUGUGCUUCUGGCGAACCCAGAAAGCACGGCUGGCAUCAUCAAUCCGGGGGCUGGUGGGUAUAGUACUAGUUUGCGACAUCCGCGUUCACUCAAUCAGCAUGAUCGUUCCAACUCGGCCCCAAAUGUUUGCAUUAAUAAUGUGAUAAAGCCAUUCUUUGGUGGGGAAAAUCGGCACGUGAUCAGCAAUCGACCGCUCCAGGCCCAAACAAAUCAAGAGCAUUCGCAUUCCACACAGGCAUCGCCCACAAACACCUUGAACCAUAGCAAAAGGCCGAGAGCCCGAUCGGCAGAUGAAAGCAAUAAGAAUCUGCUGUCACCGAGAGACUCCAAACAGUCGGACGAAAAUUGGAACAUUCAGGCUGAAGAGAUUUUAAUAGGACAACGAAUUGGUUCCGGCUCUUUUGGUACAGUUUACAAAGCCCAUUGGCAUGGACCAGUGGCAGUGAAAACAUUAAACGUGAAAACUCCCAGCCCGGCACAGUUGCAAGCAUUCAAGAAUGAGGUUGCCAUGCUCAAGAAAACGCGCCACUGCAACAUUCUUCUGUUUAUGGGUUGUGUAAGUAAGCCGUCACUAGCGAUCGUGACGCAAUGGUGCGAAGGUAGCAGCUUGUACAAACACAUUCACGUAAACGAGACCAAGUUCAAGCUGAACACGCUGAUAGAUAUCGCGCGUCAAGCUGCACAAGGGAUGGAUUAUCUACACGCGAAGAACAUUAUACACCGGGAUUUGAAGUCGAACAACAUUUUCUUGCACGAUGAUUUUUCAGUAAAAAUAGGCGAUUUCGGACUGGCAACAGCGAAAGUGCGGUGGUCCGGUUCGCAGCAGUCCAACCAACCGACCGGAAGUAUUCUGUGGAUGGCUCCGGAAGUGAUUCGAAUGAAGGAACAGAAUCCAUACUCGUUUCAAAGCGACGUAUAUGCGUUCGGGAUCGUGUUGUAUGAAAUGUUGACCGAGCAGUUGCCGUACAAUCACAUCAAUAACAAGGACCAGAUAUUGUUCAUGGUUGGCUGUGGUAAGUUACGACCCGACUUGACGAAGGUGCGCACCGACUGUCCGCAGGCUUUGAAGCGCUGCGUUGAGGAUUGUAUCAAGUUCAAUCGUGACGAAAGACCGCUCUUCCGGCUAUUGCUAAACAUGCUGGAAAAUAUGCUACGAACCAUGCCCAAGUUCCACCGCAGUGCAAGCGAACCAAACUUCACCCAAACGCAAUUGCAAAAUGAUGAUUUUCUGUACAUGUGUUCGAGUCCCAAGACGCCGGUUAAUUUCCACAACUUUCAGUUUUACAACGGCGCGGGAAAUUAUUGAAAUGAUGUUUUUUAUCAAACCUACACACGGGGGCGGAUUACUGGUGUGUUGCAUACUUUCCUUGUCCAACGGUGGAAUGCGAAAUAUGAAAAUGCAGGAAAAACAAUUAAACGGGCCCUUUAUAAACUCCGCAAAUGCGCUUGUAAAUAAGUUCUUUGUGGCUUGGUUGACAGUUGAUAAAGUUAAAAGCCUGGAUAAAUAGAUAAACGAUUGGAAUAAGGCUGCUAAUAAUAAUUACAAGAGGAAUAUUUUGUUCUACUAUCGACGUCGAUAUCGAUGCCGACAUAUAUCGAACGUUUGACGAAUCUACUGCCCGCCCAUCCUAAUGAAAGUUCUAUUCCACUCUUAUUGAAAUUGGAUUGGCAAAUUUUCAUAACAGAGAAUAGUUUUUCUUUCGUGUUCAUUGCGAAAUAUCGUUCAUACGGUUCAGAGUAAAGGAUUUAUGAUGUCUCUGUGUAGCGUACAAUACCUGUGAUUGUAUUCCAUCGGAGCAGUCGUACGUGUUUAUUCAUUUACAGUGGUGAAUAUUGUUUAAUUAAAACCAUUACAAUAAACAGUACAAGCAUUAGUUUUAUGAUGAUUUGGUUGCCUUCCCUUUGACAACCUUUUUCUGUCCUAAAAGAGUAUAAAAAAGGCCUGACCAUGAACAGCAAGAAAAAAGGUGGUAACUUGAGACAUAAAGUUUGUAUAGACUGUAAUCAGUUAAGCUCUGUUUGUCUUUAUAUGUUUGCGUUUAAUAGAACAUUGAACCAAUUACGCUGUGACUUACGUUAAUUAACUUUAAUUAGCUUGUUUUAAGUUUUCUAUUGUUAGUUCUGUACAAGUCGCAUUCUACUAGCUAUCGUCAUCAUUGUUUUAAAUGAACGAAAUUGUUAAUUUUUUCUUUCGAUAACAAAGCUCGUUCAUAUGACCAUUCAGUAUUUAAAUAUAAGCUUGGGAUACGACAGCAGGCAACAGUUCUAAGCAAAAUUACUGAUUUGCGAAAAUGAAAUUUGACGGAAAAAGUUCUGCCAAAAGUGAAUGGUAGGGAAAGAUUGGAAAAUGUGCUAUUGAUGCUAGUCGGAAAUUACGCAAAAUACGAGAUGAGGGUUUGAACAGGCAUAAGCAACAAGUAUAUAAAAUAGGACAACAUAUACAUGUAAAUAAAGUUAAAUAUAGUAAGCAACAUCUGCUGGUAAUGGCUAAUUAAUAACGGUUAAUGGAAAUGAUAAAUCAUUACUAUCGCGUCACAAUAGUUAAUCUGGAUAGAGGUAAUACUGUGAAAUGAUACGGUUUGGUGUUAGCGGUGCAUGCAAAAAAAGUGAAACGAUAUUAUGUUGACCUGAUAUAGAGUCAAAUUGUUGGAUCAGACAGAGGAUGGCAAAUAAAACGAGCAAAAGAAUGAAUUAGAUAUAUUAGAUUGUGGUAGCGGUAUGCUGAAAGUGAAAUAAACCUUGAUAUCCAAAGUAGUAGUAAACAGCAGAAACAUGGAAUCUAAAACCCAUAACUGGUCAUAUUACACUAGGCUAACAAUGAAAAGCAAAGAGAACGAGUUUUCAGUUAAAAACAAGUAACUAGAGAGCGAACAAACACAAAAGCAUGGAUUGAUGAAACAAAUGCAAAAAAGGCUAAUGUAACUGAAGAAAAAAUGAAUUACACCAAUCACGGUACUGCAGUUGGUUAUAUACGAAGGUUAAUAUUCACGCAAGUACUCACAUCUUAAUGCUUGAAGAAGAAACUGACGCGCAAAAGAAUGAUAAACUCUUGUGCCCGGAUUCGGAAGCGAUGGGAUGCAUUAAAGAAACUGAGUGAAAAUCGUCUUAAGCGUAAAGUGUGAGUUAUGUUUCGGAAUUCGAAACAUGUUCGUUGCUGCAAGCGUAAACGUAUUGUGGGUCGGUAGAAAAGAGGCUGUCUCUUCUUAGUUUGUUGCUGUUUUUAGUAAAAAAAACAACUCUUCGGUGAACGAAGGCACAUCUUUCCAUUGCCGCAGACGAGUAAAAUUAAAUGAAAGAAAGUAAAACUAAUCAGCGCGAAAAGGGCAAAGAGCAAAUUGGAAGAGGGAGUGGCGGUGCAAAAGAUUAGGGUGAAACUAAAUCUAGCAUGUGUUACAUUUUUCUUUCCUCUUAAACCGAUAUAUACAGAAUGAGUAUAUGAAAGAGAAAUAAACUAAACAAAAAAUUACAGCAAAA